GGAGGAAGCGGCGGCCCCGGGCAGGUGCCCCGGCGCGGCGGCUCCUCCCCCGGGGCGGGGCCGGGCGGGGCCGGGCGCUGCUGCUCGGCCGGGAGAGGGGAAGGGCUCGGGGCUGCCCCGGUGCCCCGAGGGGUCCGGGGAUGCUGCAGGGCUGGGCUCGCUGUCUUGGAAGGGCGCUGCGAAGCGGGGCUGCGUGCUGAGCGAGCCUCCCUCGGCGGGAGCCUCCCUCGGCCGCUGCCUCCGCGCUCUCUCGCUCCCUCUCCCUCUCCACCAGGUUUGGCUACUUGGGAAAUCCGAAGCGGUUCUGCUCAAACUAAACAGUACAGAACUUACAGGUUGCCAUGUUCAUGUUGGUUAUGUUUGGAUUGUUGCUACAAGAAAUUCUGGCUAAUUUCCAAGCUGAAAAUCUUUCUGAAUUAAAAAACAUUCCAGAAGAGCCAUUAUAUAGCUACAAAGCUAUCAACUUGCCAGAUGAGCAUAUUCCCUACUUUCUGCACAACAAUCAGCAUAUUGCUGGGAUCUGUAAACAGGACUCUCAUUGCCCAUAUAAAAAAUACUUGAAGAAACUAAAAUCCUGUUGGGGUUAUGAGAAAACUUGCAAAUCAGAUUACAGGUUCAGUUACCCUGUGUGUGAUUAUGUUGAAACCGGAUGGGCAAGUGACAUUGAGACAGCCCAACAGAUAUUCUGGAAGCAGGCUGACUUUGGUUACAUUCAAGAGAGGCUCAAUGAAAUGAAAACACAUUGUAAGCCUGCAGCAACAGGAGAUUCAUCUCUGACCUGUUCUCGGUACCUUCAGCAUUGCAGAGCAACAAACUUGUACAUUGAUUUACGAACUGUAAAGAGAAACCAUGACAGAUUCAAAGAAGACUUUUUCCAGAAGGGAGAAAUUGGAGGUCAUUGCACGCUUGAUGUUAAAGCAUUUUUGGCUGAAGGUCAGCGCAAGAGCCCUCUACAGUCUUGGUUUGCAGAACUCCAGACAUUUACUGCAUUAGACUUCAGACCUUUAGAAGAUAAGAAGUGUGACGUUGUUGUUGAAAAGCCAACAUACUUCAUGAAAUUAGAUGCAGGUGUUAAUAUGUACCAUCACUUCUGUGAUUUUGUCAAUCUCUAUAUUACCCAGCAUGUUAAUAAUUCCUUCAGUACCGAUGUCAACAUAGUCAUGUGGGACACUAGCUCAUAUGGCUAUGGUGACCUGUUCAGUGAGACAUGGAAGGCAUUUACGGACUAUGAAGUCAUACACUUGAAGACUUUUGACUCUAAAAGGGUAUGCUUUAAAGAAGCAGUCUUUUCAUUACUGCCUCGAAUGCGAUAUGGCUUGUUUUAUAACACUCCAUUGAUCUCUGGCUGUCACGGUACGGGGCUGUUCAGAGCGUUUUCUCAGCAUGUAUUACACAGACUGAAUAUCACACAGGAAGGACCCAAGGAUGGGAAAAUUCGAGUCACAAUACUUGCACGCAGUACAGACUACCGGAAAAUAUUAAAUCAGAACGAGCUUGUGAAUGCUUUGAAAACAGUAUCGGCAUUGGAGGUCAAAGUGGUAGACUACAAAUACAAGGAACUUGAAUUUUCAGAGCAACUGAGAAUUACGCACAACUCUGAUAUAUUCAUUGGGAUGCACGGAGCUGGACUUACACAUUUACUCUUUCUGCCGGACUGGGCUGUUGUUUUUGAACUAUACAAUUGUGAAGAUGAACGUUGUUACCUGGAUUUGGCAAGGCUAAGAGGCAUCCACUACAUCACCUGGCGGAAAAGAAAUAAAGUAUUUCCUCAAGAUCAGGGACACCACCCAACACUGGGAGAACAUCCAAAAUUUACGAACUACUCCUUUGAUGUGGAAGAAUUUAUGUACUUGGUGCUUCUGGCUGCAAAUCAUGUUUCACAGCAUUCCAAGUGGCCGUUUAGGGUAAAACAUGAUGAAUUCUAAGUUAGACUUCUGACUGAAAUAUUAAUUUUAAGUAACACUCCAUAAAAAUACUGUAAUAACAUAAAGCAAAGUGCUGAUGUGAAACACGUAAACCUCUACGAGGGAAAGAACCCAUUAUUAACUUGUCAAGCCAUUUCUUAGCACCAUACCCUAUCUUUAUAUCAUGUUCUUUAAUUCUGGGAGGUUUUGAUAUAUAAAAACUAUUUUUUCAGAACUUGUUUUGGGUUUUGCACUGUGUUUUUGCAUUCCAAAUUCUGAAAUACUGGUCUUUAUACAAAGAUAUGUCCAUCCAUUUCAUGUAAGAUUUUCUGUGGUAGAUAUGAAUUUUGUAAUAAUUUAUGCCUACUGUUGUUGUGAGGAUGUGGUAGAAGAUGGUGAGUGUUACAGGUUGGUUCCUCAGGAUAGUCUCUGGGAACGAACUAGGCCUAUCAGUGCUCCUCGGUUCCACUUUUCAGGAAGCUGGGUGCUUUUAUAGUGUAAUCCUGUACCUGUAAGUAAAAAUCUGAUUAAGAAUUGCCUUUCUAUUGUAAAAUACUGCACGGUGUGUCAUUUGCAGUUGAGUUACACAAUGCAGUGAUUCCAGGAUGACUUGUCAGUUUCUUUCCAUCACCAUCCAUGUAAUCGCUAUGCUUGUCCCUGUGUUGUUUCUAGGUUUGAAGAUCUUUCUUUGUAAAAUAGUGGUUGUAAGAAUGAAGUGGUUAAGCAAGCUUUAACUUUUUGUUGUUUGAGUCAGCAGACACUGCAGACUUUUAUUUCAAAUUUAGAAACAUUUGCAAGUUAGAGAGCAGUGUCUUAUGUUUUUGCAUUUGAAUGUAAAAUGUUAGUCUUCUCCAUGUAGUUUUAAAUGCUAAAAUACAACAGGCCUGCUCAGUAGGUUUAGUCAGUCUUCUGUCUCAAAGCAGGUAAAUCUUUUACAAAACUUCAGGUAAUGGAGGUUUCCAACUUUUCCACAUAAAGCAGCACUCUGCAAUAGGAAACCUGAGGAAAUUGGAAUAAAACUCAAGUCUUUUUCUGGAUGCUAAAGGGAAUGGACUUCUAUUUUUUUCUUUUCAAGAGAACAAUAGGAUGUGUAGGGUGUCUUUCAGCUGAAGCUGAAAGGAAACCAAGUCAUGGGGAACAUUGUUCUUGGAGUCAUUCAACACCUAAUUUAUUCAUGUUCUUGUUUUCUCAAAAUACUGAAGAGUCAAUCUAGAAAACCUGAAAAUCCUUCCAAAGCCAGUAGCAUACUUCACUAUUUUCAGAGAAGGAAGUGUAAAGCAAAGCAGAGUUCUUCAGGAAGUUUCCUUCAGAGCUGACUUGUUGGUGCUAGUGGGGGGAAAAAGGGA